GCGCAUAUGUUGUGUGUAUGUCUGAGGACACCAGAGAGAUGAGCAGUGCGGGGGGCCUUUGUUGAUUCUUCCCCGGCAGCGUGUAUUGUGAGAGGGAUGUCCUGUCCUCUGUCCUCCGGGUGGGGGUGUGGGGCCCUGGGGCCUCUGCGCCUGCAUCAGGUGGGUGUGGUGAGACAUCUGUGCCUAGAGAGUAGCUCCGCUGUCACCUGGCUGCUGGCCCCAGGAGAUGAGGGCCGCAGCACUGGCCCCUGGCCCCUUAAGGGCCUCCCUUGAGCUAUAUAGGGCCCACCUGCAGGGGCUUAGACAGGUUUUAGCAGCCCCGGCAGGAGAUGGAAGAUGCAAGAGGUCAUUGCUGGGCUGGAGCAGCUCACCUUCACCUUCGAGAAGGAUGUAGAGCUGCAGAAGGGCACUGGCCUCCUGCCUUUCCAGGGCAUGGACAAAUCGAGCUCAGCUGUGUGUAACUUCUUCGCUAAAGGGCUCUGCGAGAAAGGGAAGCUCUGCCCCUUCCGGCACAACCAGGGGGAGAAGAUGGUGGUGUGUAAGCACUGGCUCCGAGGCCUGUGUAAGAAGGGCGACCAGUGCAGUUUCUUGCACCAGUAUGACGUCACCAGGAUGCCCGAGUGCUACUUCCACUCCAAGUUCGGUGACUGCAACAACAAGGAAUGUUCCUUUCUCCACGUGAAGCCAGCUUUCAACACCCGGGACUGUCCUUGGUAUGACCAAGGUUUCUGCAAAGAUGGUCCCCUGUGUAAGCACCGCCAUGUCCAUAAGACAAUGUGUGUUAACUACUUAGUGGGCUUCUGCCCCAAGGGCCCCCACUGCCAGUUUGCACAGUAAGUAUGACCCCUGGAUCAGCAACUCCCACCUAAUACGGGGCCCGUGCUCUGGCUUCUAGAUCUAGAUCCUUCCAUACCUUCACUGGCCCAAGGUGGGAAAUGAAGUGUCUGGUGAGCAUCUGCCCAGUGUUUUCCUUGCUCGUUUACCUUGUACACCCAAACCCCCUCCCCUGCUGGGUGCUGCACUGAACUCUACCCCAGGCUGUUAAUGUGCUUUCGUGCUGGGCACGGACAUACAGCUCUUCACAGACUGUUCUCGAAAUGAGUAGAAACCCUUAGUACCCACCCAACCCUCUGCAGUUCUCUCUCAUCCCCUGGCUGGGGUCUGGGCUCCUUCCCCACGGGGUUCAGAAACGGGAAAUCUGCAGCAGGUGGACACAGAGCAUGCUAAUGAGGCGGGGGCUGGAGCCAGGCUGUAAUCGGCUCUCUCUCUGCUUCCCUCAGUCCCAAGAUGAAGUUUUUAUUCAACUCGAGCUCCUCGAAGCAGCUUGUCAGCUGGCCACGGCGUUCAGCACCUCCUGCUUCUGCCCGGGAGCCUCGCAGGCCCCCUUCCCCGACGACGGAGUGCCUACUUCUCCACCCUCAGAGGAGGCUCCAGGAACAGCAGGUCUCCUACCGCUCGGGGCUCAGGGCACUGGAGCAGGGCCCGUGCUACACGUGUCGAAACAUGGGCCAUCAUGCCAGCCAGUGCAAGAAGACUCCAACAGGUAGGAGUUAUUAAAAAAUAACCCCUGGUCUGUGGGCUAACUGAAGACCCAGCGAAGACACCCAAUGGCCAUUCUGUGGGGUCCUCUGGUCCCAGAGCCCCAGCGAGCCCUCGUGUUGGCCUCCACAGGGCAGGACAUGCGAAGAAGCCUGCGGCACACAGGCUUAUUUCCUCUAAUCCUGUGAGUGAAUGGGCUGCUAAAAAUACAACAGGGCUGCCAGAUGGACCGUGGCAGGACGAGGUAUCCAGAAAAUGGGGGAGCAGAAUGUACGUACACCCAAAACCCAGUUUGUGGGAAAUACAGGUGUCCCAGGCUGUGCAGCUCCCGCACCACCAGCAACAAGCCUGGGCCU